GAGGGGCGGGGCGAGUGUGCGUCUUGUAUAGAGCGGUUGCAAAACAGCACGGAUCAAUGUGAGAAUUAGAGAGAGUUCACAACUGUCUGCUGAAGGACAUUUUAGACUCACUCUCUCAGUGGUGGGUGGGUGUGAUGCCACCAUGGAAGGACACAACAACAACCAGCCCAACUUAGACAACCACAAUAAUCUCUAUAAGAUACCUGGUCAGGAAGAUCAGAAAAAUCUGUCCAACUAUAAGUACUGCUGCACUCUGGCAAACUUCCGCAUUGAGAAGAAGAUCGGCCGCGGUCAGUUCAGCGAGGUCUAUAAAGCCACAUACCUGCUGGAGGGACAACUGGUGGCACUCAAGAAAGUCCAGAUUUUUGAGAUGAUGGAUGCCAAGGCUCGUCAGGACUGCGUCAAAGAGAUCGAUCUGCUCAAGCAGCUGAAUCACCCCAAUGUAAUCAAAUAUUUAGACUCCUUUAUUGAAGACAAUGAGCUCAACAUUGUUCUGGAGUUGGCCGACGCCGGAGAUCUGUCUCAGAUGAUAAAGUAUUUUAAGAAGAAGAGGAGACUAAUCCCAGAGAGGACUAUAUGGAAAUAUUUUGUCCAGCUUUGCAGCGCCGUGGAACACAUGCAUUCACGCAGAGUGAUGCACCGAGAUAUUAAACCAGCCAACGUGUUCAUAACAGCGACAGGAGAGGUGAAGCUGGGUGACCUGGGGUUAGGUCGCUUCUUCAGCUCCAAAACCACCGCAGCUCAUUCCUUAGUGGGGACGCCUUAUUACAUGUCACCAGAGAGGAUUCAUGAGAACGGAUACAAUUUUAAGUCGGAUAUCUGGUCCCUGGGCUGUCUUCUCUAUGAGAUGGCAGCGCUGCAGAGUCCGUUCUAUGGAGACAAGAUGAACCUGCUCUCCCUGUGCCAGAAGAUUGAGCAGUGUGAUUAUCCCCCGCUCCCUCCUGAUCAUUACUCUGACAAGCUGCGGAACCUUGUGAGCAUGUGCAUCAGCCCUGACCCAGACCAGCGGCCAGACAUCGUCUUUGUGCUGCAGAUCUCCAAACAGAUGCACAUGUGGACGUCCAGCACCUGAGCGGCACGCCACCUCUGCUCCGAGCCUCCGAGCGAGAGUCUCGAACCCGCUGGACGACGGCCGCGGCUGCCCUGACACAGAAGUCUUUGCUUCAUCUCGACUCGAGGAGACAAGUGGACCGAGAUGCUUCAGUGUCCGUGUGAAGAGAUGCAUUCGUGAUGUGGCACGAGUGGGAGAAGGUCGUCGCUCUUUUCUUUAGUUCAGGACAUUUUUCAUCGAGGACUUCUUUGAAACCUUUUUUGUUUGGGGGGGUGGGGGGGGUGGGUUGCAUUCCAAAGUGGUGAUGGAUCCUGUGUCAAGUCAACUGUGCCAUGGAGAUGAAUAUUUUCAGUGUUCCUCAUCUAUCAUUGUUCACUGUACCCAUAUUAUUAAUUUUUAUAAUCAGACUGAAUAUAUAACUAAGGGUUCUCAUGGGGAAAGUAUAUAUACACACACACGUGUGUGUCCGAGAAUGGUUUCUGACCCCAGUGUGAUGGAGUUGAUGUGACACAUACUGUAUAUUUAUAUGCAGCAGAGGUUUUUCUGUGUGGGAGCUCGAGGUGACUGACUGUGGUGGCUGAACCUUUUUUUUUAAUUUUAUUUUGUUUGUGUAGAGCUGAUGGAGCUCCUUUCUCUCACUCUCAGUCAUGUUGACGUUUCUCUCGAGAGGAUAAAGUGUUGCUCAGGCGUCCACAGGAGUCAGCUCUGAGAUCUAAACUCAAGUAAUUCAAGAGGUAGAUUUAUUUCCAGGAUCACUGUGUGUGUGCGCGUGUGUUUGUUUUAACCAAGUAUUCACUUUAAUAGUUUCAGUUUUUAUUGUAAAGUGGCUAAAACCCUUUUCUUCCCUCACUGUCCCUACUGGCAGUUUGUAUGUGUCAGUAUCUAAUACGACCACAUUCAUGACCACAGUGUUGUGUUGGAUCAACACAACGACACAAUCGUCAGAUGAAAACUCAGUCACAACAGAGUUCCUCGCUUCCAGGUGUGCGUUUCUCUCACUGUGAACUCAUUCGCGUCGUCGUCCUUUUAUUAAGACUAUUAAUAUAUUAAAACCUCUGAUUUUAUCCUCAUUUGUUUACUCACCGUGUUGUUGACUAAAAUACCUGUGCUGACUUUGCGUAGCGUUACAGUGUUGACAGUGGAAUAUGGAAGGAAAACCAAGCUGUCCCGUUUGUUGUCGGAGACAAUUUAGAAGUGACUUUUCAUCGUCCACGUGAAGCUGAAGGAGCCGUGUGUCCUCUGUUCCCUCUGAUCAUUACAAAUCUGAAAACACAAGAGGUUGUUUUUGGUAUAGUGGGUUUUUGUUAAGAUGUUAAAAUUGGAGUUGUUUUAUAUCAUGUACAAGAGCAGGGCGUUGAAUUUAUAUAUGCAAAUAACAAACCGUCAUUACUGUGAAGAAAUGCAAACGAACCAUGAAUAAUAAACGAGAUGCUGUCAAAGUGAUUUGGAUCAACGCUGAACCAGAAUAGUUCUGAAGACAUUUUCCAACUUACCACAACGAACGAAUAACUGAACAUUUCAUUCAUCUGGUAAUAACAUCCUGUAUUCUCUGAAAAUGAAAUAAAUGUAUUACUUACACACAA